AUGGCACCCCCGGCCAUAUUCAUAAGCUGGUCUGGAGAAUCACGUAAUGACUUCUUCCACGAGAGAGGACCAAGAACACCAUACAUAGGGUCUCAAACUAGAACCAGGACCAGAAAAGCUGUACAACAAUAUCAAGACAGUAUUGGAAUUGAGAAGCUGGGUGGUGGAUCAGCUUUACCUAAAAAAGAGGAUCCCUGUACUAAGCAGAUAUUGAGCCUUAUAUCCACAAGUGCAUUAGGCUUAUAUAAUCCUUAUGAUAGUGAUGCAAUUCUUCCGGCCGUUCCCACCCAAUAUGAGGAGGGUGGCCAAAAAGCAACAAUUACUCCUGUGCAAUAUGUGGAUAUACCGCAAUCUCUCCAAAUAAUAAUCGAAGAUAACUCAGAGCUUCCAAUGGAUGAUGUGACCAUGUCGGGAUGUGAAACACAAACACCUAAGGAUCCAUGGACUCCAUUGUCUGUACAGCAGGAUUGGGGUGAUUAUAGUCCUCAGUUACUAAGGACUCCUGUAUCUGCCUCACUGAAAACAGCUAGUGACAAAAGAAGCGGGAUAUCAAGGAGAAGACCUAAACAUAAUUCCACAACAAAUUCGCUAGAAAUGCUCCACAAGAAUAAAAUUGAAGCAAUAAAUUUGCAAAAAAAUAUAGCUGCGGAAGAGGCAGACCAAAAAAAACUAAUUGCGCAAAUAGAACUUGAUAUUGAAAAAGAAAUUUUAAAACAGGAAAAAAUUAAAACCGAGCUGUUAUUAUUGGAGUUAAGACAAAAACAGAGUGAAUAUCAAGAAGAGAACAAGGAAAAUUCAGAAGAAAUGUAA